AUGGAAUACUUUUACUACCUGUUUUGGGGCUUGCUGGGACUUCUCAUCCCGACCGUCAGAGCCGACGACAAGCCCUGCUCUGCUUUCACCGUAAAUGGUUCAUUCCCAGCCACUUUCUCGUUCUAUCGAUUCUACGACUUCCGAAAUGCGUCGCUAUCACACACGACCAUGUCAACGGGGAAGUGGCCCGCGGAUAGGGAUGGGUCUAGCACCUUGGUCUCGAACAAGACGACGAAUGAUUCCUCGUGGGACGACGACUGGACGGUCCGCGUCCACUACCGGGGCGUCGCCGCCAAGGGCCUCACUGAACUGCACUAUAUCCCAAGCAUGGUUUCAAUGGGUGGCGAAGCAGGAUCUGCCUACUUGUCGCUAAACACUCGGCGACUUCGCAACAACACUCAGCUGGGGGGAGAGAUUUUCUACAGCAGAGCCGAUGUCGACGCAAUCUCGCUCAGGGAGUCAGACAUCGAGAUCUUGACCAAAGACGGAGACGGCCGGGUACACUUCUCCAACCAGCCUACUACAGAUAAAAACGAAAAGAUCAUUUCUGGAGCAACGUUUAACGACUCGCUGCCUGAGUCCACGUCUACCAACGACUGGGCCGUCUAUCGCCUUGACUGGUUGCCGUCUCUCGACAUGAGCGUGUGGUACGUCGACGGCGAGCAGCUGAGAACGACGCAGACCAACGUGCCCCAGGUGGCGAGCACCGUCUUCAUCGACAUGUGGAGCAACAGCGGAUGGUGGUCCGGCGACAUGGCUGUCGGGGAGCAGGCAACGCUAGAGAUCCAGUGGAUUGAGAUAGCGUUCAAUGCCUCCGCAACAGCAACGAGCGUCCCGGAUGACGGCGUCGUUUGCACGAUUGAUGAAGGGGUCGGUAGUCCCGUUGAGGCUUGCGGUGGCCGCCUUGAGCCAACACUGACAGCGUUGGCUGUGUUGGCGUUGACGGUGGCGGCUUACGGGACUGUACGGUAGUUUCCUCCGUGUGCGACGGUGAACGGGAGAGACAUGCCUGCGUGGACAGGAUUAGUGCUUGAAAUUGACUCCGUUUUGAGCUGCGAAAUUGGACUACAGACCGCUGGUGGAUUUCUGUGCUGGCGGAGGGCGAACGGGAGUGAUGUUUG